GUCACUUUUCUCUUUCCCCCCCUUGGACCUCAACGUGUAAAUGUAAAACGCCACACGCCGAGGAAUUGCAUUGAUUGCCAAGCGUCCUUGUCCUGCCGUUGUCGGACCGUGACAUCGAACGGGUUUUAUGACUACUCGGUAGUUGAGGUUGCAUCGUUCCCGCCAACACUCCCGAGUCCCGACUGGAAGGGCCCAACAGCACAACCCCCCUUAUAUACAGAGGCAGGCAGCUAUCAACACGGCUACGUACGGUCAGUCUCUCGUCAUGACGGCCGCGCCGGCGUCAAAGGCCUCGACGCCAACGCUGGCCGAGGAGGCGCCGCCCGCGACAACACCAACGCUACCCGCCGACGACGGGCAGAGCUGCUACAACGGCACCACCACGUGCCACAGCGUCGUCGACUUUGCCACGUCGAGCACGUUGGGGAAGGAGGAAGGGGAAGACGGGGGUGAUGAGAAGCGGUGGCAGCGGCAGGUCGGCGACGCCUCUCCGUUGUCGUCACCUCGCACAGACGUCGACAACGACAACACCGACGAGGAGGCAGCGGCAGCGGCAGCAGCGGCAGCAACCGGUGCGCACAUGCUCACCGACGCCGACAUCCAGCGCCUCGGCCGCGAGCGCCCCGCCGUCUUCUCCGGGUGGGUGUCGGAGACGCUCUUCGUCUUCACCAUCGUGUCCUCCAUGAUGAUGAGCGAGUACUUCAUCAGCGGCUUCAACAUCAUCCUGCCGCCCGUGUCCGUGGCGCUCAACAUCGCGCCCUCGUCGCGCACCUGGCCCGCCGGCGUCACCAACCUGACCAUCGCCGCGCUGCUGCAGCCGUGCGCCCGCGCGUGCGACAUCUUCGGCGCCAAGCGCGUCUUCCUCUGCGGCCACGCCUGGCUCUUCGCCUGGGCCCUCGGCUGCGGCUUCAGCGCCGACCCCACCGUCCUCAUCGUCUGCCGCGCCAUGCAGGGCAUCGGCGCCGCGGCGUUUCUCCCCGCGGGGCUGGCGCUGCUGAGCGGCGCGUUCCGCCCCGGCCCGCGCAAGAACCUCGUCUUCGCCAUCUACGGCGCCUUUGCCGUCAUCGGCUUCUUCUUCGGCAUCGUGGUCGGCGCCCUCGCCGCAGAGUACCUCAGCUGGCGCUGGUACUUUUGGAUCGGCAGCAUCCUCGUCAUGCUCGUCGCCGUCGUCGGCGCCGUGUACAUCCCCGCCGAGGCAGGGGAGCGGGACCCCGACGCGCGCAUGGACUGGCUCGGCGUGGUGACCAUCGUGCCGGGGCUCGUGCUCGUCGUCUUCGCCUUCACCGACGGCGGGCACGCGCCCCAGGGCUGGCGCACGCCGUACGUCUACGUGACGCUCGUGCUGGGCCUGCUGUUCCUCGCCGCCGCCGUGUACGUCCAGGGCUGGGUCUCGGCGCAGCCGCUGCUGCCGCCCGACCUGUUCAAGCACCGGUGCAUGAAGCGCCUGAUGGCGGGGCUGUUUUGCUCGUACGGCGUGUUUGGGCUGUUUUUGUUUUACGCCAGCUUCUACAUCGAAAACGUCAUGCAAAAGUCGCCCAUCCUCACGGCCGCGUGGUUCACCCCCCUCGCCGCGGGCGGCAUGUUCCUCGCCAUCGCGGGCGGGCUCGUCAUGCACAUCAUCCCCAACCGGCUGCUCAUGAUCAUCUCGGGGCUCGGCUUCUUCGUGUCGAGCCUGCUCUUCGCGCUCAUCCCCGCGCCCGACACGGGCAGGUCGGACUCGUUCCUCUACUGGGCGUACGUCUUCCCGGCCAUGCUGUGCGGCACCAUCGGCGUCGACAUCACCUUCAACGUCACAAACGUCUUCAUCACCACGGCCAUGCCGCGCCGCCACCAGGCCGCCGCCAGCGGGCUCAUCAACAGCCUGCUGUACCUGGGCAUCGCCUUUUGGCUGGGCAUCGCGGAGCUGGCCAUAUCGGCCAAGGUGCAGACCGAGAGCGGCAGCGCCGGGUCGUCGCUCGACGACUUGGACGAGGUGCUGGCGCCGCGCGAGCAGUACCAGAUUGGCUUCUGGACGGGCGUCGCGCUGUCGGCCGUGGCGCUGUCGUUGACGUCGACGGUGCGCAUGGGGCAGGCCGAGGCGGGCCUGACGGCGGACGAAAAGGCUGAGCUGGAGCGGGUGGCGCGGCAAGAGUCGCGCCAGCAGGCGUGAGGGGUUUU